AUGGAAGGCAUACCACUCCUGGUGGUCCUUAUCACGGCAGGAGUGCGACCGCACGGCUAUGGAACAAAAGACAACUGCUGGCUCUCGAGGAACUACGGGGUGAUAUGGAGCUACGCUGGGCCUGUGGCGUUUGUUCUCACGGUAAACUUCGCCGUGCUUGUGUUCACCAUUCGCACCACGUGCCGCCUCUCGAAGCAGACAACGUCGAGAGCCCGACUAGAAACCGCCAGGCGCUGGAUUAGGACGACGGUGAUAAUGCUGCCUCUUUUGGGACUCACCUGGCUCCCUGGAUUUCUGAUUCUGGACAGCAGGCCGGCCUCCGUGGUGGCGACGUACGCGUUUUGCAUCCUGAACACGUCACAGGCGAACAAGGACAAGAAGUCCAUACGCUUCGACUACACGACGCAACAAGGUAGCCAAAGUGUUGCACCACAAGACAACACACAGACGCUGCUUGGCGCCGUCGGUGCUCUCUCUGCGAACGCGCAGUGA